UUACCUAUUGUGGAAUGAUCCAACAUAAGGACUUACUUUCACACAUGAGUAACUGUGUAAGUGGUAGAGGGGAUGGUGUUUUUACAACUAAUUGUAAGAAUUAUGUAUGAAAAUAUAGACCGUGAAAGCAUAUGCAUUCCAUUUAAAGGGACAGUGUCUGGGAAAAAGUGAGGAUGAUAUAACUCAAAAACAUUUUUAAAGCCAACCUCUAAAUGACAAUGAAACGAUGCUUGUUAAAUCAACUAAACUGUCACUUUUGAUGGACUUACAUACUUAGAUUGGAAAGAAAGUUUAAACUCUUAUCAAAUGUGGGCAGUUUAUUUUCAUGAGGAAUUUUAAACGAAAAACAUUGCCUUGACUUGAAAUUAUUUUCAUGUAGAGUUUUAUUUCCAAAUUUGUUUUGGGAUCAUGGCCACCAUGCCUGUGUUCAAUCUGGAGAGUUCUUUCAGGAAAUGUCAUAUUGACUCUGAUCAGGAAGACUUCAUAGAACACAACCUCCAGGAUCACAAAGAACCAAAAUCAGCUCUACCAAAUGGAGUAAAUAGUCACACAGAUCUACCGAUAAAAGAAAAAGACAAGGAAAAUAUAAAUGUGCCUAAAACUGGGGAUAUUGUGUGUGUUCAGACAAGAACCAAGCACCCUCUGUUAAGGAAGAGUUCCAACAUCACAAAUGAUUCUGGUCAUAGCUCAGUAAGUGACAACGAAGACAACGUAUUCAGGGACCACGACGAUGACGGGAGCAGACGACACAGCUUGACAGUGGUUGAUGCCACUGGUCACCUUGAUGUGCCUACAAACUUGGACUGUCUCAAAAAUACAUCUCAAUCGGCGAGUAGUUCAGCCCUUCAUGCUUUUCAUUUUCCUCAUCAAAGAAAUGUGCCCCGCAUUGCCUACAGUCUAUCAGAAGAAACCUUAGGUGUAAAUAGACUCGGUGGUGGACGAUCCCCGCAAGGAUCACCACGGUUACGCAGGCAGCCAACAAUGGAGACCAGUAGUUUUUCUGUUGUGGAUGGUGCUGACGGCUAUGUGCAGCUGAAUCAGUAUAAACUCAAAAAUGAAAUUGGCAAGGGUUCUUAUGGCAUUGUAAAACUAGCGUACAACGAACAAGAUGAUGUUCAUUAUGCAAUGAAAAUUCUUUCCAAAAGCCGGUUAAAGAAAAAAGCUGGAUUUUUCAGAAGGCCUCCUCCCUCCAGGGAUGGCAAACAAGUAGCUCGCCCCCUUGCCCCGAUGGAUCGGGUUUACAGAGAAAUAGCUAUUCUGAAGAAAUUGGACCAUCCAAAUGUUGUCCGCUUAGUGGAAGUCUUGGAUGACCCAAAUGAAGACAAUUUAUACAUGGCCUUUGAACUUGUUGAAAAGGGAGAAGUGUUAGAGGUGCCCACAGACAAGCCUCUGUCUGAAGAACAAGCAUGGUCAUUCAUGAGAGACAUCAUACUGGGAACAGAAUACUUACAUUAUCAGAAGAUCAUUCAUCGAGAUAUCAAGCCUUCCAACUUACUCCUGGGGGAUGAUGGUCAUUUGAAAAUUGCAGAUUUUGGGGUCAGUAAUGAGUUCACAGGAACUGACAUCACGCUGACAAAUACUGCAGGCACGCCAGCCUUCAUGGCUCCAGAAACCCUCAAAGAGGAAAAAGAAAACUUCAGUGGAAAGGCAACAGAUAUCUGGGCCAUUGGAGUCACCUUGUAUUGUUUUGUAAUAGGAAGAUGUCCAUUUGAGGAUGAUUUUCCUCUAAGUUUGCACAAGAAAAUUAUGAAUGACCCAGUUAAGUUCCCUGAGAAGCCUGUGUUGUCAGAAGAAUUGAAAGAUCUUAUCCUAAAGAUGUUGGACAAAAAUCCCAAUACAAGGAUAACACUACCAGAAAUAAAGGAACAUCCCUGGGUAACAAGGGAUGGAGAAGAGCCCCUGCCAACAGAGGAGGAGAACUGUGUCCUCGUGACCUUGACUGACGAGGACCUUGACAAUGUGGUCAAACAUGUGCCAAAGUUAGACACUCUGAUUAUGGUGAAGAGCAUAUUAAAACACAAGUCAUUCAAGAAUCCAUUCAGGGACAACUCCUACAUUAAGGAGGAAUUUCAAAAAAGUGGGCGCUCUAAUUCAGCUCCGGACACAUUCCACAGGGUGGUGAAAAGGAAAAUUUCUGCCGAUGCCAAUGUCGACAAGCCCCUGGCUGAACAUUCAUAAUACCAGUGCCAGCCACCUUAUAAACUCCAUAUAUGCAAACUACAACAAGAGUACCACUUUAUGCAUUCAUUAUUCAAGAUUCCUUUCCCAUUUAGGAUGUUAAUUUUCUGCUUACGAGCCUUGAAAGAUGCUCUAAGCGAUAUAACUAACUUAGUGCAUUCAAGCAAUUUCCACUUUACUUGUGUUUCGUGACACUGGAUUGAUCAUGGUGUAUUUUAUUGAAUUUUUUUUUAAUUUAAGCUCACCUGAGCUAGAAUUUCAAAUGAGCUUCUUCUGAUGGAAGAUUGGCUGUUGUCGAUCUGAGAGUCUCUGAUAGGUUUUGUUGUCAUAUUUUGAACCAUCGUAUCAUUUAGAGUCAUUUAAAUGAAGGGCCACACACUUUCCUAGAGAGAGAGAAAUGUGGUAAUAUAAUAAACUUUUCUCAGGAAAAAAAUGUGUGAGUUGUAUGACUUAAUUAAAAUAAUAAAUUUUUAAGCAAUUUAUUCUUAUCUAUUGCAAAUUUAAUUGUGAUAGCAGCUCAUACAAGUGGUCAGAGUUCUGGCUUCAUAGACCACUGUAGAAGCUCUUACUUCAGUCUGUCCUCCAUUUAUACAUACAUGUAAGCCUGCUUAUAACAUAUGUAUAUAUAUACAUGUAU